AUUAUACAUACCUGAUACAUAGUUUUGGAACUUUGUGAAUAUAGUUCGGUGAUACAGUCUUAUUGUACUUUAUUGUCCAUCAACUUUCUCAUUGCAGGAAAUUAUCAGACAUCACAGGGAAAUGCUUAACCAUCCGAUCAGCCAGUGCACUGUAAAAUCACUGCUCUGGCAACUGCUCAAUGGUCUUAAUUAUCUUCAUAGUAAUUGGAUUAUACACAGAGAUCUUAAGCCAUCAAACAUACUGGUUCUGGGUGAGGGGGAGGAACAGGGGAUUGUGAAAAUUGGUGACUUUGGACUUGCAAGAAUUUAUCAAGCUCCUUUUGAAGCCUAUGUGAUAAUGGACCAAGCAUCCUAAUGCAUUUUUGAGAUGAAUGUUGAACAAUUUGGUUGAAAAAUGUAUUAUGGCCCAAGAUGUCAUGCGAAUUUCUAGAAUGAAAGCAAUUUCUCUAUCAUGAAGAGCAACUCCUCCCCCCUGAGACAGUGAGCUAGUUUGUCAGCUAUGAUUGCCAAGCAAUGUGUUGACCCUCAGAAAUGUAAGCAAGAAAAAGUGAUGGUGCUGAUGCUUCUAUAUUUUCAGCAAUCUUCACUCUGUAAACUUUCUCAAAUAGCACAAGUGUAAGAUGAUGGUCUAAUCAUGUGAUUUGGAUGGCAUAUUUCACUAUGUGGAUAUCCGCAGGUACAUAUAAUUUGGGCUGUAAUGGUAUCUGCAAAUAUGAAAAAAUUGAAUCGGAAGGCGAAAGUGAUUAGCGUUGUAAUCCAUUUACUUUAUUAAGUUGU